AUCCUUCAAGUCUUCCGAAAGUAGAAACUUCGUUACAUUCUAUGUCCCUUCUUCUUCUUCAGUUUCAAUGGAGCAAGUGCACCAUCACUGGGUACUUGAAGACGAGGAAGAAGAAGAACAACAACAACUGCAAGAAGAUACUGCUUUGGAUCCAAGGAAGCCCCUUCAUGUUCGAAAUGAUAUCAUCAUCGCCAGUGACGUAGCUUCUUCUGCUCCUUUCAUUAACAUUGGUGAUGGUGAUGACUCAGCCUCAAUGGAAGAACAACCUCUUCUUCAGAAGGAGGAAGAGUGUCAUACUCACCAAGACGAACAGAAAAAAGGUGCUACUCAGAAAGAGGAAGAAGUUGAAGAAACAAGUGAUAGCAAUGUUAUUGGAAAUAACAAUCGUUCCAACGAUGAUAUUGCAACUGUGUUUGUAGAAAAUGAAAUAAAUGAAGAGGCUACAAACAAUGAUGCCAUCAAUGUUGCUGCUCCGCAGAAUGAGAAUAUUGUUUACUUUGAUAAACAGCAAGGGAUUUGGAAAUGUCAUCACUGCACAUGGACCAAGCAAUUUGACAGUACUUGGAAUGUGACUCUUGAGAAUCUUAUUGGGUACUCUGACUUGCUGAUGAAUGUCAAAACUAUGAUUCAACAUGGCCCAUGUUUUGUUUGUGAAACUAAAGAAUUAUCACCUUUACAUAAAUCAUCUGAAGUGCAAGCUACAACUGUUGAGAACUUUGGUGAUGACAUCAGUUCAAUAUCAUAUCCUAACUUAACAGAAGAAAUUGACCAGCAACUGAAAGGGUUUGAUGUUGAGGCAGUAUUGGCAAAACAAGAGACACAUGACUUGUUUUGUCCUAAUUGCAAGUCUUGCAUUACUAAAAGGGUUAUCCUCAUGAAGAGAAAAAGGACCAUUCCUAACUUAGACACCAAAGCAAAGCGUGAUAAGUCAGAGACUGAGCUGGUUGGUAGUUCUGUACAUGAAGCCAACCAAGGUGUUCCUGCAGUUGCAACAUCUGAUGUCGGUAGAGUAGAGCCACCUGCUGAUAAUUAUGAGCCUGAAAGAGAACCAGAAGUAUUCAGAUGUUUAUCAUGCUUCAGCUUCUUUAUUCCUAUGAGAAAUGGAAUCAAACUGUUCCCCAGUUUUGGUGGCACCCGUGAGCCUGAAAUUUCACCAAAUCCUUCAGUUAUACCUGCAUCCAAUAUUGAAAGUCCUUCAACGGUAGCAGCUUUCAAUGCAAAUUGGUUAUUCACUCUAUUUACUUCCAACAAGGGGGAAAAAACUAGUGGGCAAGGUGAUGCUUCAAUUGUUGCUAGAAGUGAUCCUGCUGAACAGCUUCAAUCAUCUUCAUCUACCAAUGUGCCAACCUCCUCUGGAAUUGGUGAUCCAGAAAGUCCAUUUGCUGAUACAGAUACUACUAAGGAAGCAAAACCAACACCAGAUACUGAGCCUGGACAAGGAGGAGUAAGUUCGCUGAUUCCCUCAAAAGUGAAGCAAGAAAAGUUUGAAUCACUGAUAGAAAAUGGCAAAUCCAGUAAGGCAUUGGGGAAUGAACCAUUUGUUGAUCAGAAUGGAUUGCAGAAGGUUAUAAGAGAUUUUAUAGAUUUUCCAGCAAGGGAACAGAUUUUGACUGAAAAUGUGAGAACUGAUGUGGAAGAGAAAAAACAUGCCUCAGUUGAUAUGAUAAAGACCGAUAUAUCCAAACCUGGUAGUGUUCCACUAGCAACUGUUCCUGCUACUGAAAUAGAUUUUAGCUCUGGGAAACCUGCAAAAGAUGCCAUUGUAAAACCAUAUGAUGAAGGUCCUCCAAUCUUGGAGAAGUCACAGAAAGAUGCAGAUAAGGCACCUAAAAUUGCUCAGGAUAGUUAUUCCUCUUUGAUGGAGGAAGCUCGAUCACCAGCUCCAUCAUCUGGCACUUCAGCAGUUUCGAAUGAUGUAGCCAGUGACAAACAAAGUUCUGAAGUAGAUUUUAGCUGUGGGAAACCUGCAAAAGAUGCCAUCGUAAAACCAUAUGAUGAAGGGUCUCCAAUCUUGGAGAAGUCACAGAAAGAUGUAGACAAGGCACCCAAAAUUGCCCAUGAUAGCUAUUCCUCUUUGAUGGAGGAAGCACGAUCACCAGCUCCAUCAUCUGGCACUUCAGUAGUUUCAAAUGAUGUAGCUUGUGACAAACAAAGUUCUGAAGUAAAUGUUACAAUUCCAUCAGAUCAAGAAUUUAGGAAUGUGCAAGAGGAUAUUGAAGAGGAAAUAAAUCGUGUUUCAGAAGAAAAGAAAGUUGAGGCAGAAGCAGUUAGAUCCUCAACAUCUCAGACAGCAGAUAAUGUUCCAGUUGAAGAAGCUGUUGUGACAAAAACUCAGACUCAAAUAGAUGUUGAAGAACAACCAAGGGCUGAAAUUGGUGAGCCCCAAGGCUUGGAAGUGGUUAAAAGCAUUGUGUAUGGUGGUUUAAUUGAAUCAAUCACUAGUCUGGGGAUUGUGUCAUCUGCUGCUGGUUCUGAUGCUGCUCCAUUGAGUAUUAUAGCUUUGGGGUUGGCGAAUCUGAUUAGUGGACUUUUCGUCAUUGGUCAUAAUCUUAUUGAAUUGAAAAAUGAUAACUCUGAAGGGAAUUCACAGCAAGAAGAUCGGUAUCAACAAUUACUUGGUCGCAGAUCAAAUUUCCUACUCCAUGCUGUUGUAGCUGUUUUAUCAUUCGUAAUUUUUGGGUCUGUUCCCCUUGUUGUCUAUGGCCUCUUGAUUAGUGACCAAUUCUAUGCUGAAGUUAAGAUUGCAGUUGUGGCAGUUGCUUCUGUUGUAUGCAUCAUUGUACUUACUGUUGGGAAAGUUUACUGCACUACAACAACACAUAAAUCCUAUAUCAAAACGGUGUUAAAGUAUGUCGGCAUAGCACUUGGAGCCUCGGGAAUAACUUACAUAGCAGGUGACUUACUCAAACGUCUCUUGGAUAAAUUCAGUGGUACAGAGUCAGGUUUUGUUCUUGCCAUGCCCUUGUCUGGCACAAGAAAAAUGAAACCAGCAUGGAUGUCUUAUUGAAUAAUGUCUUUAAAAGAAGGUCCAAUUUAACCUUGUAGGAGUCUUCAAAAGGAGCCAUAAGAGGAAGUGAGAGUUCAAACUUCAAAGUCACAUUUUCAGUUGUCUUAUUUUUUUGUGGAUUCGUUUGUAAAA